AUGCCACGCGAAGCUGAGAUCUCAAAUAACGAGCGAGAGUUCCUCUUGUCUGCAUUGAAAGAGGAUGUAAGGCUCGAUGGCCGAGCUUUCGAUCAAUUUCGAUCAAUCGACUUGGCAUUUGGCGACGAGUACGGAGUUGCAGACGUUCGCAUAGGCAAGACACGAGUGCUUGUAAAAAUAUCGGCCGAAGUUGUAGUUCCAUACACCGAUCGCAAGUUUGACGGUAUAUUCACAAUAGCUUCGGAAUUGAGCCCAAUUGCCAGUCCUGCUUUUGAAGUCGGACGGCAGGAUCAAACGGAAGUUAUUCUUUCUCGUCUCCUUGAGAAGACGAUCCGUCGCUCUGGCGCACUCGAUACUGAAAGCUUGUGUAUCAUUGCUGGGUCGAAGUGCUUCCACAUUCGUGCUGAUGUACAUAUUCUCGACCACGAUGGGAAUAUCAUAGACGCAACAUGCCUCGCUCUCAUUUCAGCGCUCCUUCAUUUCAGAAGACCUGACGUAGAAAUUCACGGCGAGGAGGUUACGAUUUUCGCCAGCACAGAACGAGAGCCGGUCAAGUUGCAAAUGCAACACCAACCGUUCUGCGUCACAACCUCGUACUACGAGAAUGGCUCGAUAAUGCUCCACGAUGCGACGCUGCUGGAAGAGCAGUGCAGAGAGGGUGAGAUCAUUGUUUCGCUCAAUCGCUUUGGCGAAGUGUGUCAAAUCGCCAAGUUCGGUGGCACUCCAAUCGAUGGCGUCAGUAUUUUGGCAUGCACGAAUGCGGUCCUAGAAAAGGCAAAGAUGCUUGAUAAGCUGGUGAGGACGAGGCUCGAGGAAGACGAGAAACGCCGAAAUGUCGGGGGCUUGAUGGCCGAGCUGAGCGCCGAGAAUGACCGAUGA